AUGUCUUUCCUUCAUGGAGUUCUUGGUGGGGUGAAGGAUGAUGAUAACGUUACAAAAUAUAAUGACAAUAAUGAUAUUAAUAGUGUUAUUACCACUUUACAUACUGCUGUAGGCAAAGGCCGUGAGGCCUUCCAGGCCGCCGUGGCUAAGGUGGGGGAGAAGACAAGAGGAGUGACUGCGGAAUUAGGUGGACAAUACUAUCAUCAUAUUGCAAGUCAGCAAGAGCGGCCGCUUAAAGACCAACUGUACGAGUGGACCAAGACGCUGGGAGACAUUACAGGAGACCUUCACAAACUUGAAACUAAUAAUAUUAGUGAAUUAGACACAUCACUUAGAACACAGAUAGCGCACAAAGUAGAGCCGAUACAGAAGUCGGUUGAGGUGCUGAUUCGGUCUGCGGGAAAUCCUGAGUUGCUGACCCAGGUGCAGGCUGUUGAUGACGAAUUAUUAAAACAAGAGGAGUAUAUCCAAUCGGAGAUUGCUGAAGAAGCGAGAAGGGUUGAGGAGCAGUUGACGGAAGAAUUCGAGAAAAUAUGGAAGGGUAUUAGAAACGUGAGUAUAACUAAAGAUGGUCACCUGGAGAGGGUUAAAGAAACGAUUAAGGAUGCAAAAGAGCUUCUUGAGGGAAUGAAGGAGUAUGCGGAUGUUUUCAAACAGGAGCAGACGUUUAAGGAAAACGUUUUGUAUGUGUGGUUGGACGAUAUCCUGAAUGAUAAUACUGUUGUUAAUGGUAGGCUUCAGAGGUAUAUUAAGGGUAAGAGUACUGAGCUGACUGGCAACUUUGAAAUUGAUCCGUCAUUGCGUAAUGCAAUUAAGAAGUGCAUUACUGGAGCACUAGAAACAGCCAAAAUCAUUAAUCCAGGCUGUGAAGCUGCCACGAAACAUAUCGAGAAAAACGGCACUGUUCAAGGAUAUAUCGACGCUGUAAGAAACGGUCUGGAAUCAUUUGCCAAGGAGCUUGGAGAGAAGAUGAAAGAAAAAAAGCAUAUUGAUGCUGAAAAGGUAGCCACGGCGAUUGAGAAAGAAGAUGGAAUAGACAGAUUAGACAAGGAUAAGGCUCAUAAACACUAUCUCGAGUUCGCGAUUCGAGCCACCCUCCCCGCUCUCCACUUCGCCGCUAAGCAAACAUGGAAAACUCUCGGAUCGUUCUCUAGAGCGUCAAUGAUUGGCCUUUACCUGGAGCCGGCUAUAAAGAAGGUGGAGAACAUAAAAGAGCAAUUUGAAGACAACCAAAAGAGUCCAGGUGAGAAAAUUGAGACAGCAUUGGCGGAAGCGAAGAGGAGAAUUUAUGAGCUUGGUGGGCUUUUGAAAAAUGAGAGCGUUGAGGGCUCGAUGGUUUAUAAUUUGGAUGAUAUUCAGAACGUUAUUCAGAAACUGGAUGAUGUUAGAAAAGAUUCAGAAGGAGGCAAGGUUCAUGAGAGGAGAAAGGAAGCGGAUGGUCUGAUUGAGGAGUUGAGAAAGCGACUCUACAAGCAAAUGGAAAAUAUCACCGAUAUAGUGGACGACGCUAAGAGAGCAUUGACAAAGUCCAUCAGCGACUUAGUAGAUGCAUACAAUAAAACCCGAAAAGAGCUGAAAGAAGCCAUAGAAGAUCUCAAAAAUAAUGUCGCCCAUAUUACCGAAGAUGCUUUCAAAACCCUCACCUCCGAGGUGAGAAAACUCUUCACAACCGAACGCAUCGCAGACCUAAAUGCCCUCAAAACUCUCGUCGAGCAACAAAAAUCUUAUAUAGAAAAAAUAAUAGAAACCGACAAAAAAACAGGCCUUAAAGGCCUUAUGCCUAAAAUUUACGGCGGAGCGUUUCCCAAGAUUGGAACUCUCACUACGAAUAACAAGCUACAAGAUUUGCAGGAAACAGCUAAUCGGACGGUUUCUGAAAGUUCACAAUAUCACAAGAAAUUCACGGAUUUUUCCGGUACUCUGCAAUGUCCCACCCCCCAAGUCGACCGCCUCAAACAGCAACUGGACACUUUACUCACUAACCUAAAAAACUCUCACAAAGAUAAAUUGUAUCACUUCGACCACACGUUUACUUCUGACCUAGCCGCACUUAACGAUGCGCUUUCACUGCUAACCCCCAAGCAGUUCAACGGCCACCAGCACCCUGAGCUGCUCGACGCGCUCACCGCUGGAGCGAAGCGACUGGCGGACGAACUGGGCAAACAGUACGUGAACAGGUACAGCGGACUCAAGUGGAGUGGCCUCAGUGAGGGUGAUGAAGCAAGGUGUGCUAAGGUUUUACUGACAGCCUUGAGAACUAUAAGCCGCGAUGUGAAUGAGAUUUAUACAAACUGCGAAGAUCCUUCCAAAUAUUCUUGGAAGAACAAAACGCUCUGUGAGACAAAUGGCGACAAGGAAAAUCCCCUCGGCCAAUUCCUACAGCGUUGCGGUUUCGUCAUCGCCAAAAAACAAGACUCCAAGGACGGCGAAUCGCAAUGUAAGACAAGUAGGACGGGCGAAGACAUUUAUAAAAAUCUUGUAUCAUCCACGGUGUCCGCGACGUAUAGCUCCAACAGCCGUCCUGUUAUCGGGACAAUUGAAGACAUUUUCACUUACCUAUCCAGAUACAAUAAAAUCGGUCACCUAGCUACAUUCGCCGCUAAAAGGCAUCCGUGCUCUGUCAACGAGAUGCUGUGCUGGCUCACUGGGCUACCGCAUAACGGGGCUUUCGGUGAACUUGACAAGCACCUUGAGAAGCUAUCUAAUGAUAAAGCUUACGCCGCCGUCGCAUCGAAUAUAUUCGAUGUGAGAACGUAUUCCAUUAAUAAAAUAUGCAAAUAUGCACAUACUCUUCUAACCACUAUCGCCGGUUACGGUGAUGCUGAGUGCGGGUACGCCUGUGACUACUCCAACAAUUCACUUAAUCUACACUAUCCCACAUCGGGAGACGGCUGUCUCCAAAUUCUCGUUGACAUCUUCCGCAGAUUAUUCUUACCACUUAGAUUCCUGCAGCGGCAGUGUGCCGUCAGCACAUUCCAUUACGGUUGGCGCCAGUGUCACUACGGUAGGGACGUCCCACCGUAUAACUGGCAGUGUAACACUCACUUAACCGAUGAAGCAAAGUGCCAGGCAAAUAGUCAACCAAAAUGCCAAGCAAACAGCGAACCAAACGAUAAACCAAACUGCCGAGCUAGAUCACCAUUAAUGAGCUUUUUCACUGACUGCUUACCAGGGCACUUACCUCACCAACUUAACAGUGUUGGUUGCACAUCUAAGUGCUCUACAUGUCCUGGAAAUAAACCAGGAAUGCCGUGCUUGACGCCACUUGGUUUUAGAGGCUUUUCCGGCAGCGUGCGUAAGGGCAAAGACAUAUGUGAUAUUCUUGAUAUAUUUUUCAAUAUCCGCAACUUAGCAACCUUUUUCUGCCUCGCUCCCAAGGCUCCGGCAACGCUUCCAGAGCACUUUGCCUUUUCAUUGUGUCUUGUAACGUCUCUCACAACUCCGAAAUCAAAUAAAAGUGCAGCAGUCAGAACAUUGCAAGAAUCUUUUACAGAAUCUGUCGCCAAGCAGUCCAUUGACCUAUACACCACGGCCGCUAAUAUCACAAGUGCUCUUAGCGACGCCUACGGCAGCAGCCAGAAUUACCAUGAUUCUACCAAACAUCAUGUUACCGCUUUUGAUGCCGACGGGAAUGAAACUAAAAGUGGUGACUUGUCUAGUCUUUCUAUGACAACCACAUGUUCCGGUCAGCAGUGCGCUCCAUAUCUCUCCACUCUAUGCCACGACGCCUAUUACUGCCUUGCCGAAAUGCACUCCAAUCUCUACCUGUCCUGGGCUCUCUAUCUACCCUGGAUAUUAUGGUAUUACCUUGAAUGUCUGUGCAACGCCUUCAAGGAUAUCUAUUGCCAGGAUUGGGGGUGCCGCAGUUGCCUUCAAGGCAACAAAUGCAGGCGUGGACAACAUGGGCUCAUGGACGACAAAACCAAAAAUCCCAAUUGCAGUUGUAGCAGCAUGGUUCAGUGCAAGGGUGUUACGCCUACACUAUAUAGGUACGGGUUUUCACUGGGCGCACCAUGGAUAUUAAAUGAAAAGAACUGUCCAAAGACGUGCACAAAUUUCCACGAGCAGUUGGUAAAUGUAUUAAAAUCGAGACAUUUCACAGAGCUAUUUAAAACGUGCGAUGAAUACCUUCGUGUAAUAAGACAUCCCUUUAUGACCACCUUAUUAGCCCUCUGGUCGCUGUCGCUCCUGUACCUGCUGCACAUCGCCGUCGUCCGCCUCGACGUCCUGAGGAUACGCUCCCACCUGAGAUCACCCGCAAGCCACCGCAUCGCCGCACAGUCCCUCCUCGCCGCCGCACGCGUCAAGGCACUCGCCAACGUCAAGUACUUCUCACCAUAA